CAGUGCCUCCUCCCUACCCCAUGACAAUAAAUAAAUCAAAACCCACCUCUCUCCCUCCUUCAUCUCCAAAAACCAGAACCUAUUUUCAUUAUUAUAAAAAUAUCAGAUUUAUUUUUUAACUAUUCUUAUUCUUAUUACUUGUAGUUAUUCAACAAAUAAGCUUAAUCGUACAUUUAAUUAUAUGUUUCCUUGAUAUAUAUAUAUAUAUUUUAUUGUAUAUCUUUUGGGUGUGUAUGAUUGCCGGCGAUGCCAACGCCGGUGAGUGUAGCAAGGCAAUGCUUGACUCCCGACGCGGUCCACGCGCUGGAUGAAGCUGUGGCGGUGGCGAGAAGGAGGGGACACGCUCAAACGACGUCGCUUCAUGCGGUGUCUGCACUUCUUUCACUCUCUCCCUCGGCUCUACGCGAUGCCUGCGCGCGUGCGCGCAACACUGCUUACUCCCCGCGUCUACAGUUCAAGGCUCUGGAGCUCUGUUUAAGCGUGUCGCUCGACCGAGUUCCGUCGAGUCAACUCAGCGACGACCCGCCCGUGUCGAACUCGCUCAUGGCGGCUAUAAAAAGGUCGCAGGCUAAUCAGAGGAGACACCCCGAGAAUUUCCAUCUCUACCACCAAAUCUCGCAGCAGCAGAACCAAAAUUCCAUCUCCUGCAUCAAGGUGGAGCUUCAACAGCUGAUUCUGUCAAUCCUCGAUGACCCGGUGGUUAGUCGGGUGUUCGGGGAAGCUGGUUUUCGGAGCUCCGAGAUAAAGCUCGCCAUCACCCGCCCACUUCCGCACCUCCUCCGCUAUCCCCGCCACCGUGGCCCCCCUCUGUUUCUCUGCAACCUUAGCGAAAAUCCGGACCCGGGUCCCAACCCGAGUCGACGUGGAUUCAGCUUCCCUUUCUCGGGAUUUCCUGCGUUUUUCCAUGGAGACGAGAACAGCAGGAGGGUCGGAGAGGUUUUAGCGAGAGAAAAGGGAAGGAAUCCCCUGCUCAUGGGUGUAUGCGCUUAUGAUACACUUAACGGGUUUAUACAGAGCAUGGAGAAGAAAGAGAACGGACUUUUGCCGCAAAGGAUUUGCGGGUUGAACAUAAUCAGCAUCGAAAAUGAAAUUUCGAAGCAGAUUAAGGAGAAUUUUGACAGAGGUUUCAUCGAUUCGAAAUUCGAGCAGAUGGGUAAGAUUGCAGCGCAGAGUUCAGGACCUGGGUUUGUGGUCAAUUAUGGCGACUUGAAGAUGUUUGUUAAUGGUGAUCAUUGUAAUAACGACACCACCGACAGUGGUGAUGAUAACAGUAAUAACGACGUUAGUGGCGGAUUAAAAGAAGCUGUGAGUUAUCUUGUUGGAAAGUUGACGAAGCUGAUGCAGAUUCAUGGAAGUAAAGUGUGGUUGAUGGGUGCAGUGGCCAGCUAUGAGAUUUAUUUGAAGUUUGUGACAAGAUUUCCUUCGUUAGAGAAGGACUGGGAUUUGCAGAUAUUGCCCAUCACCUCUCUUAGGCCUUGUUUGGCUGAAUCUUACCCAAGAUCAAGUUUGAUGGAGUCAUUUGUUCCAUUUGGUGGGCUCUUUUCACUGCCUUCUGAAUUAAAAGGACCUCUCAAUGGCUUGUAUCAAAGUGCAGCCCAAUGCAAUGAGAAGUCUCAGCAAGAAGUAAUUGCAGUGUCAAAGGAGAGAUUUGCAGCGUGGGUAUCGGAUCAAUACCAAUCUAGCUUACCUCCUUGGUUGCAGACAUCUGAACCUGGUACAAACAAGGAUAUGGGUGCAAAGACCAAAGAUGAUGGAUUGUUAUCAAGGGUCAACUUUACAGGACUGCAAAAGGAUGAUUCAAGCCAGCAGCAUUUCCAACAGAGUUCAUCAUGUCCAGAGUCAAACACUCGUGAAGUAAGUGCAAACGUUCCGACCAUUGUAGGCUUUCGGUUUGCUGAAGACAAGAAAGAGAUCACUGAGAAACGUGCAGAUGACAACACAAAUACAGCAGCAAGUGAAAAUUAUCAGAAGAAUGAGAAUUCGUUAAUGUCCAUUAAUUUGCAAAAGAUGCCUUCAUUGCAAUCAGGUUUUCAUUUCUCUAUUGUUCCCAAGUCAACAAACCAGAGUACUCCAUCUGAAGUUCAGGAGAAACCUUUGAAACCCAAAGAUCUUGACUCGGGUGACCUUAAGUCCCCAAAAAGUUUUUCGAAUUCAAGCACGGCUGAUGGUAGUGGAACAUCUCCUACAUCUGCAUCUUCCAUCAUCACAGAUUUGGGUCUUGGACUUGGAAUUUUAUCUCAAGUUCCUGGAACUACUGAACCAACAAAACCCACAAAUCAAAAUCAACGAGAGAAUACACAGGAUCUCUCAAGUUGCUCUGCAAGUGGUGACUUGGCCAAUGGGAGUGUUUCUAAUCCUCCAGUCCGAUCUUCAUCUUCUUCUUGUCCUGAUAUCUGUGGGAAGUUUGAUUCGAACAAUUUCAAGAUGAUUUUCAAAGCUCUCACCGAAAGAGUUGGCUGGCAAGAUGAAGCUGCAAGUAUCAUCAGUCGGACAAUAGCUCAGUGCCGAACAAGGAACAGUAGACGUUCCAGAGCAAGUCCACGAGGUGAUAUAUGGUUCAAUUUUACUGGACCUGAUAGAUGCAGUAAAAGGAAACUUGCUGUUGCACUUGCAGACAUAAUGUAUGGAAGCAGAGAAAAGUUUAUCCAUGUGGAUCUAGGUGCCCAAGAUGGAAUUUUCCCUGCAUAUAAAUUCUCUAAUCAUCAAGAAGUGAAUGGUUAUGACUUGAUUUUCAGAGGGAAGACUGUUGUUGAUUUCAUUGUGGGAGAAUUGUGCCGAAAACCCCUUUCUGUUGUCUUCCUUGAAAAUGUGGAUAAGGCUGAUGCACUGGUUGAGAAAAGCUUGUCUCAGGCUAUUCGAACCGGUAAGUUCUCUGACUCCCAUGGACGAGAAGUCAGCAUCAGUAAUACAAUUUUUGUGACAACAAUAACAUCUGUUAGAGAUAAAGGGAUGUUCUUUCCGUGUAAGGUUCCCAUGAAAUAUUCUGAAGAAAUGAUUUCAAGAAUCAAGCAAUGGCCGGUGCAGAUUUUGAUUGAACACACAUAUGGGCACAAAACAAGUAGCCCCAAUUUAAAUGUAUCCUUUGCAACAAGAAAAUGCAGUUCGAAUUCUAGCUUGGUGAACAAACGAAAGCUGAUUAUUAUCAAUGAAAUAUCCGAGCAGGGAGAGAUAACAGAGAUGGCAAAACGAGCUUAUAGGAUAUCAACCAAGAACCUAGAUUUGAACCUUCCGGCUGAAGAGAAUGAAUCUCGAGACACCAAUGAUGGAAACUUUGAAGAUCUUUAUAAGAACUCCAAGCCUUGGCUGCAAGAUUUCUUCAAACAGGUUGAUGAAAAUGUCAUUUUCAAACCCUUUGAUUUCAACUUAUUGUCUGAGAAAAUAUCAGGUGGUAUUCUCGAGAACUUUCACAAGUUUGUGAAACCAGACUGCCUGUUAGAUAUUGAUUCGAAAGUCAUGGAUCAACUGCUUGUAUCUGCAUAUUUAUCUGACCGGGAGAGGGUGGUGGAGGAUUGGGUGGAGCAAGUACUCACCAGAGCAUUUGCAGAAGUCUCAAAAAGGUACCACCUCACCCCUCAAUCUGUCGUGAAACUUGUUGCUUGCAAGCGCCUUUUAACGGAGGAACAAACUGCAGCGGGCUCACUCCUUCCAACCAAAGUCACUCUCAAUUGAAUUGUCUUGAAAAUGCUUCUCCUUGUAGUUUUAGAUGUAUAAUGUAGAAAUGUAGUAUAUAUAUAUAUAUAGUCCCUGGUUUUUAGCCUGUUAAAUCCCAUAAUAGCUUUAUUGGGGUCUUUUCAGGUUAGACUUGUGUUAGUUAUGAUAUGCAUAAUCUGUAGUUAGCCCUUUUGAGCAUCUUCUGUGUAUUUUGAGAUGGAAAUUUUUGUC